AUGAAAUUUGGCGAACAUCUUCGAAAGAGUCUCAUCAAGAACUAUUCGUUUUACUACAUCAACUAUGAUGAACUCAAGCAUCAGUUGAAGAAGUUGUUGAAAGACAAUGAUUACCAAUGGAAUAAUCUGUUGGAGGAGGAGUUCUUGAAUGAAUUGGAACAAGAACUAGACAAAGUCUGGCUGUUCACCAAAGUGAAAAAUACUGAAGUCAAUCGUCGCAUCAAAGAUGCCGAACAGCAAGUUGACAAAGUGGUGACCGAGAUGAAGCAGUACCAGGAUAAUCCAAAUGGGAAUACACGUCGUCCUCUGGAGCAAGAUUUUGAGGAGUUGGAGGCGGAGUUGUCGGACAUCAUUGCUGAUGUUCACGACUUAGCUAAGUUUACUCGUUUGAACUACACUGGCUUCCAGAAAAUUGUGAAGAAACACGAUAAAACCACCAAGUUUAACUUGAAGCCCAUUUUUGCCGUGCGUCUCAAUUCAAAGCCGUUCUAUAAGGAUAACUAUGAUAAUCUCAUUGUCAAGCUUUCAAAGUUAUACGACUUGGUGAGAACAAAGGGUAACCCAGUACAAGGAGAUUCUUCUGCUGGUGGAGCUCAACAAAACUUUGUUCGGCAAACGACCAAAUAUUGGGUACACCCCGACAACAUCACAGAACUCAAGCUUAUAAUUUUGAAGCAUUUGCCAGUGCUUGUGUUCAAUGCCGAUAAAGAGUUCGAGCCUGAGGAUCUGGCUAUUACCUCAAUUUAUUUCGACAACAAGGACAUGGACUUAUAUUAUGGUCGGUUACGGAAGGAUGAGGGCGCUGAAGCAAUCCGGUUGAGAUGGUAUGGUGGGAUGAAGCUGGAUACUAUUUUUGUGGAAAGAAAGACCCAUCGUGAAGAUUGGACUGGCGAAAAGUCAGUAAAGGCUCGCUUUGCAUUGAAGGAAAAGAAGGUGAAUGACUUUUUGCAUGGUAAAUUCACUGCUCAGCAAGCCUUUGAGAAGAUGCGCAAAGAUGGCAAGAAAAGUAAGCAGGAGAUCGACAACUUGGAGCAGUUGGCUAAGGAAGUUCAAUAUCGCGUUCUCAAGGAGAAAUAUCGACCUGUUAUGCGUUCAUUCUACAAUAGAACAGCGUUCCAAUUGCCAGGGGACGCUCGCGUGCGUAUAUCGUUAGAUACCGAGUUAACUAUGGUACGUGAGGAUGAUUUCGAUGGCUACGAUCGAACUCGCGGUAACUGGCGGCGAAUGGAUAUCGGGGUUGACUAUCCCUUUCCUCAAUUGGCUGACAAGGAUGUAUGCCGGUUUCCAUACGCCGUUCUUGAGGUAAAGUUGCAAACCCAGUUGGGGCAGGAGCCCCCCAUGUGGAUCAGAGAUCUCGUUCAAUCGCAUCUUGUUGAAGCUGUCCCCAAGUUCUCUAAGUUCAUCCAUGGUGGUGCUACUUUACUCACUGAGAUGGUGGAUUUAUUGCCUUUCUGGCUACCCCAAAUGGAUGUCGAUAUUCGUAAGCCCAAGGUCCAGCUGGAGGUGGGUAUUCAGCGUCAACAGCGUUACCUUAAACUGCUGGCUUCUCUGGGAAACGACUUAGAUGAAGAAGAGUUGACAGGCGAUGCCUACUCACUGGGCUACAACGGUGUACAUUUUUCCAAUGAUGUUAAUCCCUUAGAAGAAGAUUUGGACGAACUGACACCCUUGUUGUUGCCUCUGAGCUACCUGACACGGCAGAGCGAUUCUCCGUUGCGCAACUUUUUUUACAAGUUGUACGGGCUGUUUUUACAUCAUUUCAAUGAUGACCGCACUUUUACGCUUAAGCCAGGAACUAACUUUGACUUGAAUAAGCAAUUCGCUGAUAAACUUCCCAAUGGCAAGAAAAUUUCAGUUCCCAUUCGUAUUGAACCCAAGGUUUACUUUGCUGCUGAAAGAACAUUUUUGCUGUGGUUGCUGAUCGGCAUGGUUUUGGGUUUCACCGCGACAACAUUGUUACUGUACGGAACUGCGACGGCAUUGACAGCCCUGAUUGGGUUUUUCAUAACCGCUAUGUUGACAUUGAUUUACUCUACCUACAUGUAUGUGUGGCGUACGAUUAUGAUCAGAGAAAAGAGAAGUUUCGUCAGUUACGCUGACAAAUUUGGCCCCAAUAUGAUUUGCUUUUGUAUGUUUGCUGCUACGUUGGCCACAUUUAUGUUCAAAAUUUAUGAAUAA